AGCCGGCGGCGGUUGAGGCCGCCGGCGGCCGUUGAGGCGGCCGUGGGCCGGGCGAGGAGGGGCGAGGCGGCACCGCCGCCGGGCUGGGCGUGCUGCGGUAUGGAUUACUCCGAGGCCGGCUCGCCGCAGGGCACCAGCGAAGAGGAAGCGGCGGCGGAGGAGGCGGCGAGCCGCGGCGUCCAGCGUCCCCUCGCCCGCCCGUCCCGCCGCCCCCAGCAGCGCACCGCGCCGCCGCUCCGCACCGCGUUCUCCGCCUCCUUCUCUGAGGGGGAGACGGAGGCGGCGGCCGCCCUGCCGCGGCAGCCCAGCCUGAACGACGAGGCCAGCAGCGACUUCUACUCGGCCGAGUCCGGUGCGUCGCUGCGUUACUCCAUGGGCACGGGCGGCGAGGCUGAGGGAGCGGGGCUGGCGAGCAGCGAGAGCGGCGGCAGCGGCGACUUCUCGCUGGCGGCGGCCGCGUUGCCCGAGCGGAGGCGGCCGGGGGGCAGCCGGCCUCGCUAUGAGGUGUUGCGGGAACUGGACCCCGAGGAGGUGCGCUGGUUCUAUCGGGAGGACCAGAAAACCUGGAAGCCCUUUAUCGGCUACGACUCGCUGCGGAUCGAGCUGGCCUACCGCGCUCUCGGAGCCGGCGGCGCAGCCGGGACGGAGGACGCCGAGGCAGCGGCAGUGGAGCCGGUGUGCGUGCGGAGCGGGCUCUACGAGGUGGAUGUGGUCAACGCAGAGAGCUACCCUGUCUACUGGAACCAAACAAAAAAGAUUCCUGUAAUGCGUGGACAGUGGUUUAUCGAUGGCACGUGGCAACCUCUGGAAGAGGAGGAAAGUAACUUAAUAGAACAGGAACAUCUCAACCGUUUCAAAGGCCACCAGCUGCAAGAAAGCUUUGUUAUGGAAGUAUCAAAACCUGUUGAAAGGAACGAGGUUCGCUACUGCCUCUCUCGCUUCUCCCUCCCUUCUUUGUUCAAAUGGAGAGGAAAUAAGGAGAAAUCAGAUGCUUCAUGUCUUAAGCGAGAGUAUUCCCAAGUUGUUCAUUGUCUAAAGUUGAGUCGCAGCCAUGUGGACUGGCACAGUGUGGAUGAAGUGUAUCUUUACAGUGAUGGAACCACAUGCAAAAUUGCAAGAACUGUUACACAAAAGUUGGGGUUUUCCAAAGUUUUAAGUAGUGGGACAAGGCUACAUAGAGGCUAUGUAGAAGAAGCUACGUUAGAAGACAAGCCACCACAGACUAGUCACAUUGUAUUUGUUGUGCAUGGUGUUGGACAGAAAAUGGACCAAGGAAGUAUCAUCAAAAAUACAACUAUGAUGCGAGAUAAUGCCAGAAAAGUAGAAGAAAAGUAUUUUUCCAAUUUUGCGACACACGUUGAAUUCCUCCCAGUUGAAUGGAGAUCAAAACUUAUGCUCGAUGGAGACACUGUGGACUCGAUUACUCCAGAUAAAGUCCGAGGUUUAAGGGAUCUGCUGAACAGCAGUGCAAUGGAUAUCAUGUAUUAUACAAGUCCUCUUUACAGAGAUGAACUGAUGAACGGGCUGCAGCAGGAGCUGAACCGGCUGUAUACACUUUUCUGCUCCCGGAAUCCUGAGUUUGAGGAGAAAGGAGGGAAAGUCUCGAUUGUGGCCCACUCACUGGGCUGUGUCAUCACCUACGACAUCAUGACUGGCUGGAGCUCCAUCAGGCUUUAUGAACAGUUGCUGCAGAAGAAGAAGGAGGAGCUUGAAGAGCGUCGGAUGAGCGACGAGGAGCAAUGUUUAGCUGAAGAACUUUACAUCACUAAAGAACAGUUGAGAGAAGUAGAUGAGAGAUUCCAUGAGUUAAAGGCAUCCACCAUAUCAGGACCGCCUGUCUUAAAAUUUAAGGUGGAGAAUUUCUUCUGUAUGGGCUCUCCAUUAGCAGUGUUUCUGGCGUUGCGUGGCGUCCGUCCAGGAAACAGUGGCAGUCAGGAUCAUAUUCUGCCCAGAACCAUUUGUAACCGCUUACUAAAUAUUUUUCAUCCAACAGAUCCAGUGGCCUACAGGUUAGAACCUUUAAUUCUGAAACACUACAGCAACAUUUUGCCUAUCCAGAUCCACUGGUACGACACAGCAAACCCUCUACCUUAUGAGCAUAUGAAGCCAAUUUUUAUCAAUCCCAGAAAAGAACCUACCUCAGUUACUGAUAGUGAAAGUGUUUCAACUGCAUCGAGCCCAAAUACUUCACCAGUCAUGGUGCGGCGCCACUACGGGGAGUCCAUAACGAACAUCGGCAAAGCAAGUAUCUUAGGAGCCGCAAGUAUCGGGAAGGGCCUCGGGGGGAUGCUCUUUUCAAGUUUUGGUGGAUCCAGUGCUCCCACCUCCCAGCCACUUGAGACAGGAAAAGAUGGAGCCGAGGGGGACAACAAGAAGGCCACGACUGUUGGGACCCCACCUCUCCCACGCAGCAGCUCGGGCUUUCUUGAACCCAUGGUGGAACUGGAGCACAGGAUUGAUUUCGAGCUCAGGGAAGGUCUCGUGGAGAGCAGAUUGUGGUCUGCAGUCACAUCGCACACUGCCUAUUGGUCCUCUCUGGAUGUUGCUCUUUUCCUUCUAACCUUCAUGCAUAAACACGACCAAGAAGAUACCGACAAACCCGAUUUAGACACUGUUUGAAUUUUUGACUGGGGGUGGGAUGGGAAAGGAGAUUUUAAACCAAAUGGCACAGAAUUGAUGUUUUACCAUUGAACUCCAGUAUAUGGCACGGAGGUUUCAGGUUUAAGUGCAUGUUUGGGUUUUUUUCCUCUUUCUAAAGAGCAAAAAUGGUUUGUAUUUUAAAACACUUUCUGGUUUUAAACAUUUUGCAGUGCUUAAUUAGACCUGAAAUGGUUCCCAGUUCUUGUUGACUCUGGCUUUAUAAAAAGCCAAUGCAACACGCAGCAUCCCAUAAGCACGGCUGUGCAAUGUGCUUGGGUGACAUACUUGUUAAUGACUGUAAUUACUGUUUAGUUCAUCAAAGUUUAAAAGAUUAGUUAAUUAAAAAACCCGACAACGCUAAAUUAAUUUCCAUUAACAAAAACACACAUUAGAUACAAACCUAAAACUGCCACGUUCUGAUGUUUUAUGUACCAGUAAAUAACAAACAGCGGUGUCAUUCUUCCAGGCCUUUAUUCAGCUCCACAUCCUACUACCCACAGUACCAUUGACAGACCACUCUGACUGCUGGCUUCUGAGGGCGUGUUACAAGUGGCACCUGUAGAAACUAAUGCUGAAAACAAAAUCGUUAAGCAAAUCUUUGAAAUACUGUAAUUUUAAUUUAUUAUUAUCUCUAAUUGUUUUGUUUUAUUCCACUGUAUAAAAUAUUACUUUUUUUACUGAUUUCUUUUGACAUAAUUUAAGAACCACGUUUAUUUUCUACAGUGUUAAGACUUUUUUCUCAGAAAUGCAUAUCUUUGUACUACUUAUUCAAAGGAAUAUAUGGACACUGUGGCACACUUUAAGUAUUUUUUCAUUAAAAAUAAAUAUUUGUGGUUUCACACAAA